AUGGACGUCAAAAAUGCAUUCCUUUACGGUGAACUUGAUCAUGUGAUUUUCAUGGAUCAACCAAGAGAUGCAAUCACCGGGGACUUGAUCAUCACAGGGGACUUAGAUGACGAGAUCGCCCAGCUCAAGGCUAAUCUCUGUGUGCGCUUCCGAAUGAAAGAUCUGGGCAAGCUGGUAAGGUUCCUUGGUUUGGAGCUAGCCUAUAAUGGGAAUGAGGUAAUUUUGCAUCAGACAAAAUAUGCAAGUGACAUGUUACACAAAUUUGGUAUGAUUUCUUGCAAAGCUGCACCAACUCCAAUUGAAUCUCGAGUAAAGUUGUACUCACAUGUUGGAAGGGAACUAGAAGAUCCAACGGUGUAUAGAAAGAUCGUUGGCAGUCUAAUAUAUCUCACUCUCACAAGACCCGAUGUAGCAUUCGCUGUCGGGGUUCUGAGUCGGUAUAUGCAAGACCCACGAAAGCCACAUUACUUAGCAAUUUUGCGUGUGCUUCGGUAUAUGAAAGGUACAAUGGGCAAUGGUGUAAUGUUUAAGAGGGAACAACAUCCAAUGCUAAUGGGUCUGUGUGACUCGGAUUAUGCGGGUGACUUGAAUGAAAGGCGGUCAACUAUCGUGUAUGUGUUUAUGUAG